CGGAAGAAAAGGGAAGGCGGAAGUUGGGACGUCGGAAGCGGUUGAAGCUGUGAAGAGGCAGGUGAUAUUCCUGGAUAAUGGAACCUCAAGGGAUUGCCCGAGGGCCCCCUGCCCAUGCUCCCAAAGAUGGCCCCGGCAAGCCUGCUGUCCCCCAGAAGAACGCUUACGCCCGGCUUGUGCAGAAGCACCACAGCGGAAGGUUCAGGUCCUAUUUAAACCACAUCGCUCAAAAGCUGCAGCUGGAAGAGAGCGCCCUCAACGACUUGGGUCCAGACGCCGAAGCCUCCUUGAAGAGCGGCCUGGUGAGGGAAGCUCUGUCAAGAAACGGGGUGCAGGCACAAUGCCGCUCGCCGGACGGGGGUCUGCAGCUGGGACCGGAGAACCCGAGAGAAAACAGAGAGCCCAGUUUUGCCAGGAGGCAGCCUCGGAAAAGAGAUCCCAGCGCUGGCAAGGGAGAGGAGGAUGAGGUAGUGGAAGAAGAGGAUUUCACUCCUAAUCGGCACGGCGAUGCAGCUGUCUUGUCAAGUGUGAGGCAGGUAUGGGGCAGCCAAGGGAUGUCACCCAGGCAGGACUUCUCUCCGCAGAAAACCUCCAGCUUUGAAGAGAAGAACAGAGAAGAGCCGUGGCGGAGCAGCCGGGAGCGUCCUGUUGUCACGGGCAGAGCAGAGAGCUUCGCUUUGCCUGGGCAGUUCAGCACAGAUUUGUCUGCGACGACUACCAGGAAGAGUGUUCACUUGUCUCCCAGCCAAACUCAGGGAGGAGAGAGGCGGGGCUUAGUGAGGCCUCGAAACAACUCGGAAUCGGCUAGAGUCACUCCUAAUGUGGACCGGAGGUGCCAACUCUCUGAAUCCCUGGUGGAUACAAUGAACGUUCCUGAAUGCAGGAUGGCCUUCAGACAGCUGGGAACUCCCAGAGGGGGUCACCAUUCUGCGUGUUCAACCCCGGGUGACAAAAAGAAUCGGAAUAAGCCAGCUCGGGGCAGGAAGAAAGUGUUCGAAGCUUACAUGUCGAAGGAGGAGGUCUCAGCAGGCCUGAAGAGGAAGCAGCUAAUCCAGGGACCCUUGAGAAUAAACCCCAAGAAGUACCACGAAGCCUUCGUUCCGUCUCCAGACGGCAUCCGGGAUAUCUUCAUUGACGGAGUCGUUGCUCGCAACAGAGCUCUGAAUGGUGACAUUGUGGUGGUGAAGCUGCUUCCCAAAGACCAGUGGAAGGUGAUCAAGCCCGAGGGCGGCGACAAUGAUACAGAAGCCGCUCAAGAAUCAGAUGCCUCCAGGAAUUCACCAGGUGCCGCCGUGCUGAAUGAUCCAGCCAAAGGGGAUGCCGACAGCCCGGAUGUGAUCAUAGAGGCUCAGGUUGAUGACGACAGUGAAGAUGCCGAGAGUGGACAAGAUAGUUCUAGAGAGGUGAAGGAUCUUAGGGCGCUGUCCCUGGGAGCUGGCGAAAAGGGGCGGGAUCCGGAGGCUUGCGGUGUCCACCACACAAAGCGGGAAGACUCACCCAAGGCGAAUGAUCCAGAGCAGUUCCUUCAAAAGACGGCCAAGGUGGUCUACAUCUUGGAGAAGAAGCACUCUAGGGCAGUGAUGGGCUCCAUCCGGCUCUUGACCGACCGCAAUAGCGAACUCUUCAAGAAGUUUGCCAUGUUCUCACCCGUGGACCACAGAGUGCCUCGUGUCUAUGUGGCCUUGGCUGACUGCCCGCCAGAUUUUGCCUCCAGACCCGAGGAAUACUCCAACACGCUCUUCAUCUGCCGAAUUGUGGACUGGAGGGAAGACAGCAAUUUUGCCAUUGGGCAGUUGGCCCAGAGCCUUGGGCAGGCGGGUGAAAUUGAGCCGGAAACGGAAGGCAUCCUGACGGAAUAUGGCGUGGAUUUCUCGGACUUCUCCCCAGAGGUCCUGCAGUGCCUGCCCCAGAGCCUGCCGUGGGACAUCCCACCAGCAGAGCUUGCCAAAAGACGAGAUUUAAGGGAGGAGUGUGUCUUCACUAUUGAUCCAUCAACCGCCAAGGACCUCGAUGACGCCUUAUCCUGCAAGCUGCUUCCUGAUGGUAACUUGGAAGUGGGAGUUCACAUUGCUGAUGUCAGCUAUUUUGUGCUGGAAGGAACAGAGCUGGAUAACAUCGCAAGCAGGAGGGCUACAAGUGUCUACCUGGUGCAGAAGGUGAUCCCCAUGCUGCCCAAGCUGCUCUGCGAAGAGCUGUGCAGCCUCAACCCCACGACUGACAGGCUCACUUUCUCCGUCAUCUGGAAGCUGACUCCGGAGGGCAAGAUUCUCGAAGAAUGGUUCGGCCGGACGGUGAUUUGCUCCUGUGCCAAGCUCAGCUACGACCACGCCCAAAGCAUGAUCGAGAACCCCGACAAGGUGUUCACAGCAGAGGAGCUCCCUCCCGUGUCACCCCAUCACUCGAUCGGCGAAGUUCGCCAGGCGGUCUUGCACCUCAACCGAAUUGCCAAGCAGUUGCGUAAACAACGCUUUGUUGACGGCGCUCUGCGCUUGGACCAGCUGAAACUCUCGUUUACUUUGGACAAGGAGAGCGGGCUGCCACAAAGCUGCUACGUCUAUCAGUAUCGGGACAGCAACAAGCUGGUGGAAGAGUUUAUGCUGUUGGCCAACAUGGCCGUGGCCCACCAGAUCUACCGCUCGUUCCCGGCACAAGCCCUCCUGCGGCGCCACCCCCCACCCCUGACCAAGAUGAUAAAUGAUCUCUCCGAGUUCUGUAGCCAGAUGGGGCUGGAGAUUGACUUCAGCAGCGCCGGGGCUUUGCACAAAAGCCUGAGCGAAACUUUUGGGAACAGCAAAUACGCCGAAGCCAAGAAGGCAGUGCUGACCAACAUGCUAUCCAGGCCCAUGCAGAUGGCUGCGUAUUUCUGUGCCGGGGUGUUCGAGGACGAGGAACUCUUCCACCAUUAUGCCCUGAACGUCCCCCUGUACACGCACUUCACAUCGCCCAUCCGCCGCUUCCCGGACAUCCUGGUGCACCGGCUGCUCUCCGCUUCUCUCGGGUCUGGCCCCGCCCUGAGGAUGAAGAAAGACGAGAUCCAGAAGCAAGCGGAUCACUGCAAUGACCGGAAGACGGCUUCCAAGAGGGCGCAGGAGCUGAGCGCUGAUCUCUUCUUUGCUAUCUUUGUAAAGGAGAACGGCCCCCUGGAGUCGGAAGCCAUGGUGAUGGGCGUCCUCAACGAAGCCUUUGACGUCCUGGUGCUGAAGUUCGGGGUCCAGAAGCGCAUCUACUGCAACGCUUUGCCUCUGGUGGGAUUCCAUUUCCAGAAGCUGGGCAAGAAGCCACAGCUGAGCCUGAUGUGGGAGCCUGAGAGCACUGAGCAGGAUGCUGUGCAACAGGACAUUGCUAUUUUCACCUUGGUGAAUGUCGUGCUGAGGUCAGACAGCGUCCCCUUGAAGUACAGCGCGGUGCUGAAGAGGCCCAGCAGGGAGGAGUGCGGCACGUCCUGAGGCGGACCCCGUCGCUUCCCGGCUGCCCUGUCGCUUCUGCCAAAGUCCCGUGCCCAGCAGAAGUCGCAUCCUGCAAAGACUGUCUGGAGAAGGUCAGCCUGCAGACCUCCUCUUUUACUAGGUUUGACAGAUUUUGUUUUACAGCUGAAUUUUUAAACCAAGCCGGUGGCAGUAGAAACUGCAGAACUCUUUCGGCCUUUUUCCUUUUACACCCUCUUUUCACCGCGGCCAGAGCUGCCUCAACUCAGCAAAAGUGACUCAGGGCAACUCUAUCUAACCCCCUGCCUCUGCCCCUUGCUCCGCACUUCGUGUUCCUGGCACUACCCGCAGGGGCCCACCAAGAGUCUACCAAAGCAGUUCCUUCUGUGUUCUCUUCCAUGGUGUAAUAAAAACGUGGCCAACA